CGUGCGUGCGUGUGUGAGUGCGCGCCAGCGAGCCUGAGUGUGUGUGUGCGCCCCGGGCGCGGGCAGGGCAGCACUCCGACCGCGGCGGGAGCCGGGCGGCCGCGUAGUCACUCGGGAGGAAGAGGCGGCGGCGGUGGCGGCCGGGGCCGGGGCUGGGGCAGCGGCGGCCGCGCUGGGCAUGGAGCUGGCAAGCCCGCGCUGAGACAGGACGAGCCUGCUAGCAGCCAGCGAGAGGCUCUCCGCCGUCCGGCGCGCGGGCUCCCCGGCAGGGGCCAAGCAAACUUUUCUUUCUCUUUUGCCAUCACUUAGAGGCGCCUGGUGCGGCGGGCGGACCGACUCCUCGGCGCAGCGGGGCCGGGGCAAGCUGGCCACGGCAUGAUGCGCGCUGUGUGGGAGGCGCUGGCGGCGCUGGCGGCGGUGGCGUGCCUGGUGGGCGCGGUGCGCGGCGGGCCCGGGCUCAGCAUGUUUGCCGGCCAGGCGGCGCAGCCCGAUCCCUGCUCGGAUGAGAACGGCCACCCGCGCCGCUGCAUCCCGGACUUUGUCAACGCGGCCUUUGGUAAGGACGUGCGCGUGUCCAGCACCUGCGGCCGCCCCCCGGCGCGCUACUGCGUGGUGAGCGAGCGGGGCGAGGAGCGGCUGCGCUCGUGCCACCUCUGCAACUCGUCUGACCCCAAGAAAGCGCACCCGCCUGCCUUCCUCACCGACCUCAACAACCCGCACAACCUGACGUGCUGGCAGUCCGAGAACUACCUGCAGUUCCCGCACAACGUGACGCUCACGCUGUCUCUCGGCAAGAAGUUUGAGGUGACCUAUGUGAGCCUGCAGUUCUGCUCGCCGCGGCCGGAGUCCAUGGCCAUCUACAAGUCCAUGGACUAUGGGCGCACGUGGGUGCCCUUCCAGUUCUAUUCUACUCAGUGCCGAAAGAUGUACAACCGGCCGCACCGCGCGCCCAUCACCAAGCAGAACGAGCAGGAGGCCGUGUGCACCGACUCACACACCGACAUGCGCCCGCUCUCCGGCGGCCUGAUCGCCUUCAGCACGCUGGACGGGCGGCCCUCGGCGCACGACUUCGACAAUUCACCGGUGCUGCAGGACUGGGUCACGGCCACCGACAUCCGCGUGGCCUUCAGCCGCCUGCACACGUUUGGCGACGAGAACGAAGAUGACUCGGAGCUGGCGCGCGACUCCUAUUUCUAUGCAGUGUCUGACCUGCAGGUUGGCGGCCGCUGCAAGUGCAACGGCCACGCGGCGCGUUGCGUGCGCGACCGAGACGACAGUCUGGUGUGUGACUGCAGGCACAACACAGCUGGCCCCGAAUGCGACCGUUGCAAACCCUUCCACUACGACCGGCCUUGGCAGCGCGCCACGGCCCGCGAGGCCAACGAGUGCGUGGCCUGCAACUGCAACCUCCAUGCUCGGCGCUGCAGAUUCAAUAUGGAGCUCUACAAGCUGUCAGGACGCAAGAGCGGGGGCGUCUGUCUCAACUGCCGCCACAACACUGCAGGCCGACACUGCCACUACUGCAAGGAGGGUUUCUACCGCGACAUGGGCAAGCCCAUCACCCACCGGAAGGCUUGCAAAGCCUGUGAUUGCCACCCUGUGGGUGCUGCUGGCAAGACCUGCAAUCAAACCACUGGCCAGUGUCCCUGCAAGGACGGCGUGACAGGCAUCACCUGCAACCGCUGUGCCAAAGGCUACCAGCAGAGCCGCUCCCCCAUCGCCCCCUGCAUCAAGAUUCCUGUAGCGCCACCCACCACCGCAGCGAGCAGUGUGGAGGAGCCGGAAGACUGUGACUCCUACUGCAAGGCCUCCAAAGGGAAGCUGAAGAUGAACAUGAAGAAAUACUGCAGGAAGGACUAUGCUGUCCAGAUCCACAUCCUGAAGGCGGACAAAGCAGGGGACUGGUGGAAGUUCACGGUGAACAUCAUCUCCGUGUACAAGCAGGGAACAAGUCGCAUUCGCCGCGGUGACCAGAGCUUGUGGAUCCGCUCACGAGACAUCGCCUGCAAGUGCCCCAAAAUCAAGCCCCUCAAGAAGUACCUGCUGCUGGGCAAUGCUGAGGACUCGCCCGACCAGAGUGGCAUCGUGGCAGACAAGAGCAGCCUGGUGAUCCAGUGGCGGGACACGUGGGCACGGCGGCUGCGCAAGUUUCAGCAGCGGGAGAAGAAGGGCAAGUGCAAGAAGGCCUAGCGCGGAGGUGGCGCGGGCACGGUGCUGGCAGGGGCUGGCAGCCUUGGACUUGGCCCACCAUGGUUUUCCUGGGAGGGGGGAGGGUGGGGGCAGGGCGAAGUCUGCAUGGGGUGGGGCCCUCAGCGGCUCCGCCCCAGCCCCCACUCUCACACCCCUGGCUGUGCCCUUGUGUGCAUGGCAGAAAGUACCCUGUGUUGACAGGCCAGGCCCUGGAGAAAUGAGGACAAGACAUAGCUACCUCAUGGUGCGCCUUCCAGAACAGAGAUGCACUUCCCUAGGGCUAGGUGGGGUCGCUGUGGAGGGGCUGGGUGCCCGAGAGGUGGGCACAGAAUGGCACAGUGGACCACAGUCACUGUGUUUGAUUGUUAUCGAAGGGGAUGUGAGAAGAACUGUGAAUUUUCGGGCCUGCAGCCUGGGCAAGGGGCAACCAGCCACCAUCAGACACUAGUCAUGCCUCCUCUUUUCUCCAUCACCUGCUGUCUAGGAAUUCCCACAGGACUCCAGACUCUGACAACAGGUCCCUAUGUCAAAGGGCCAGAUGGCACUGGGAUCAGCCAGCUUUGGGUCUCCACUGCCACCUGCUGGGCUGGUCUCCUGGGUGGAGUUCACCAUCUGUAGGGAGGGGAGGCCCCUCUUGGGACCUGCCCUACCCAGUAGGGCCGACCCAGGCUUCUGGCCCAUCAGAGGGCCUAGGGCUUAAGGACACCCCUGAAGCCCAAGCCGGGUGGUCAUUGCCUUUGCUGGAGCUGCCUGUGGGAGGAGGCACUGCAAACCAAAACCUCCCAGAGAGUUUCCUUUCUGGAAACUUGGAAACAGCCCCUUUUAUGACAUUUUCCAGGGGAGGGGGAGGGGGCACCAGCGGGGUUUAGGGCAAUGACACUAUUUGUGUAAUGACAUCAGCUCCCACAAGGCCUCACAGCAGUGUCAACAGCUGGAAAGGGCCUGGUCAGGCCUGGAAUGCCAGCGGCUAUAGAGGCCAUUUGGGCCAGACUUGGGGGAAGGAGCUUGCUUAAGUCAGGACAGGGUUGCUGCUCAGCAGGGUGCCUGGGUGUCCAAGCUGCAGGUAGGCAAGGCCAGGACAGGUCAGGUUGCAAGGGUCUAAGGGAGCUGUGACCGCUUACUGUUGCUGCCCUCACUGCUGGCCCCCAAAGGGAAAGAACAGGCUAGGUUAAGUCCACCGGAGCCCGCAGCUGUCUUGGUCUAGCCUGGGCAGUCUCAUCCAUUCCUUUCUGACUGCCUUCUGUGUGGCAGUCCCCAGGUCUUCUGUGUGCCUAGCCCUCUUUGCUCUCAGAGGCUUCCUGUCCUCAUGCAGGCAGCCCCAAGCUUCUCUGGUUUCUUCACCGUUCCCUUUGCCUGCCUCCCUGCACUCGGGCCUCCAGCCUCACGCCCCGCACACUGGAUGAGAGGCCUGGCUUCCCUCUCAGUCAGGAAAUUGGGUUCAUUUCCCCUGCCCAUUUUGGCUGCCCCCAAAGGCCAGGAAUGAAGCUCGGCUCCUUAGUGACAUGAUUCUCUCUGCAUCUCCCCAUUCUGCCCACGUCACCACUGCCAUUUACUGAGCACCUGCUUGGUGCCAGGCACUUUAUGCAGAUGCUCCUGGCUUGUCCUCAUCACAAAUCCACGAGACAGGGACUCUGGUCCUCAUUUUCACCAGUAGAGAAAGGUGUAUACGUGCCCAAGGUCACACCAGCUUUGGUACUCAGACCCUGGCCUUACCAUAAAUACACACCAGCUCUGUUAGCCCACUGGGCACAGCGGGUGGGGUUAGCACGGAGACAGGCAGCUUGUCUCUAGAGAACGCUGAGGAUGUGAGCCUGGAGAGGUCUGAGAUAGACACAGUACCACCUUUCGAGGAGACUUUGAGAGUGGCGGGGUACAAGGAGUCGUUUCCUAGAGGAUAGCCUCAGGAAGCCCUGGGGCUCAGGACAGGUGUUGGCCAUCAGAGAGGGCCUAGAGAGGUGACUCGGCUGUUCCAAGUGUGGGAAGGAAGGCUGGAAGGGUUCAGAGAGGCUGGCAGGGUGCACACAGACCAGGCCUGCCCUGGGAAGGGUCCUGGGGCUUCUCUGGUCCAAGCCUGAGGUUGGUAGUCAAGGGCCACUAUCCAGGCUCAGACAGCCAGUGUGGUUUGUUGGGUGCCAUCUGUAGCAAACAAUAGCACACUGCACAGCAGGUGUCCUGUUUCUGUAUCAGCAUAGCUUCUGUCCUGACCAGCUUCAAACUAUGAGCCUUGAGUCCUAGUCUUGCCUUGGUGUCCACUGAAGCCCCUUAACUAGUGCUGGGGGCUAGCUGAGCAACAAGACAUCUUUCUGGACAUCCACCAAGGCAUCCUGCCCUGCCCCCGAUUGCCUGGCUAUUGGGGGAUUAUGUUGUGAAUGGUCAAAUGAACCAGGUUAUGAAUGAGGUCAACGUUGCCAUCUCUGUAACUAGCCAGAAUCCAGUCCACCUCUCUGCCUGAGAGCCAGCCUUGGGGAAGCAACUGUCUUCCACCCACCCUUGACCCCACCCUAGGGAGGAGAUGGGAAGGGGAAAGGAGACGUCCUAUUGUACAGUUAGGAAGGGAUGCAGAAAAGGAAGUAGGUCUUUGCGUUUGAGAGUGUAUUAACAGAGUUGUGAUACGUAGGUCUUUGAAGAAAGCUGUACCAGGUUAGUCACUUACCGGUCGAGAUUCCCCAGCUGUCCUUCCACUCUUGAACUGGGUGGUCUGGUGCCCCUGCCACCAGAAUGCCUCAUUUGCUGACAUACAGUCACACAGUGAUAUGGGGUAAAGGAAAUGGUGUGCUCCUGGACACCCCUGUGAGCCGUGACAUCUGGAUCAGACCUUUUGUCCUGGAAAGCGGGGCAGGACCAUGGGGCUCCUUCAGAUGGGAGGGUCAGAUGCCUGAGGCAAAGCCCAGGGAGGCUGGAGUGGCCUGAGGGCCUUAGGAACUUUCUAGAACUCUGCUUCGGAAGUUUUAUACAGGCAGUGAGUACAGGCUUAGAAUUGCCCUGAGCUGGAACAAGACUGAAAAAA